GGGAAGUCAGGGCUCAUUCAACGUCUGCUGCUCCCAGUCAGGAAUUCCUUUCCCCAGUGAGACAGCGGUCGAAUUGAGACGCGAUAUCCAUCCAGAUUGCAUCAGUUCAAUUUUGUUGAAUCUAAGGAUUUAUCGGGUUUACAGAAACCCUUCGAUGGGUCUGUGAGUCUCAAUGCCUCUCUUCCCGCCACGCUCUCCGAGGCCGUCACGCCACGCUUUCUCCUAGCGAGGACCCAACGCGUCGCCGCCAUGCGGUCCGCGGCGCUCGUCCGCCGGCUCACGGUGGCGAGGGCCCCCCACUCGGACUUCGCCUCCCUGCCCGGCCCCCGCCCCGCGUGCCUCACUCGGAGCCCCGCUUCUGCCGCCCUCUGGGUCGCCGCAUCCCCGCAGCCCCGGCUCCUCGCACGCGUCCGCUUGAGCAGCGCGGCACUGCACAGUGCGCCUGGCCGAGACCCCCAGCAGCGGAAAGUCGACCCCCUGCAAGACAAGGUCGACCCCCUGCAAGACAAGGUCGACCCCGUGCAAGACAAGGUCGACCCCGUGCAAGACAAGGUCGACUCCGUGCAAGACAAGGUCGACCCCCUCCAAGACAAGGUCGACCCCCAGCGCGGCGCUGACCCCCAGCAGGGUACGGGCAAGGGUCCCCUGCGAUCCAAGGCUUUGGAAACUGAGGGUAGCCCGCAGCCCCCCUCGGACGAGACCGACCCUCUGCAGGACCGCUCCAUGGGCCUCAUAUCACGCUUCAAGAAAACCUUAAAGCAGUACGGCAAGGUGAUGAUCCCUGUCCAUCUCGUCACCUCCGCCGUCUGGUUCGGAUCCUUCUACUACGCGGCCAUGAGGGGAGUGAACGUGCUGCCCAUGCUGGAGGCUCUAGGAUUUCCUGAGAAGUUCAUCAAGCUCCUGCACAGCUCACAGGGAGGCAACUUGCUCACGGCCUACGCACUCUAUAAGAUCGCUACGCCGGCGCGCUACACCGUGACGCUGGGUGGCACUUCCUACACCGUCAAGUACCUGCGCAAGCGUGGCAUCCUCAAUACGCCACCGCCACCCAAUGUCAAGCAGUUCCUGCAGGACAAGAUGGACGAGACUCGCGAGAAGAUAUCGGAGAAAGUGAGCGACACGCGUGAGAAGAUAUCGGAGAAAGUGAGCGACACGCGUGAGAAGAUAUCGGAGAAAGUGAGCGACACACGUGAGAAGAUAUCGGAGAAAGUGAGCGACACGCGGGAGAAGAUAUCGGAAAAGGUGCAGGAUACGAAGAACAGAGUUGCUGGAAAGAAGUGAGGCAGUGGUUGCUGGCCAUACAUGCAGCAUCUGAGACAGGCGACAGGAGCUAUAGCAGCAGUACUGAACCAGCGAACGUUAGGAAAUUCACUUGAAUAUGCAACUGUAGCAGUAUCCAUGCUGUCCAUAUGGUGAAUCGCACUAACCAUGACCUGUUAUGGAUUAAUAAUCAUUGCUUUAAAUGAAACUGGCACUUAGAAGGCCGAGUUUGUGUAAUGUAUGUGAAUGAAUAAAUAUGAAGUUCUUUGAAUGAGAAAAUUUGUUUUAAAAAAUCCUGAGCAGAAAA